CUUCCGGGCGCCAGGUUCGGGCUUUCUCCUGCAGCAAUAAGGGCAGUCGACAGUCUUUAGUAGGGAAAGGAGACAAGUGCUAGCUACUGCCGCCCAAGAGGAAGGAAUUAUCUAUAGAGUAAGUAUGCUAAUCUUGACUAAGACUGCAGGAGUUUUUUUUAAACCAUCAAAAAGGAAAGUUUAUGAAUUUUUAAGAAGUUUUAAUUUUCAUCCUGGAACACUAUUUCUUCAUAAAAUAGUAUUGGGAAUUGAAACCAGUUGUGAUGAUACAGCAGCUGCUGUGGUGGAUGAAACUGGAAAUGUGUUGGGAGAAGCAAUACAUUCCCAAACUGAAGUUCAUUUAAGAACAGGUGGGAUUGUUCCUCCAGCAGCUCAACAGCUUCACAGAGAAAAUAUUCAACGAAUAGUACAAGAAGCUCUUUCUGCCAGUAGAAUCUCUCCAAGUGACCUCUCAGCAAUUGCAACUACCAUAAAACCAGGACUUGCUUUAAGCCUGGGAGUGGGCUUAUCAUUUAGCUUACAGCUGGUAGGACAGUUAAAAAAGCCAUUCAUUCCCAUUCAUCAUAUGGAGGCUCAUGCACUUACUAUUAGGUUGACCAAUAAAGUAGAAUUUCCUUUUUUAGUUCUUUUGAUUUCUGGAGGUCACUGUCUGUUGGCAUUAGUUCAAGGAGUUUCAGAUUUUCUGCUUCUUGGAAAGUCUUUGGACAUAGCACCAGGUGACAUGCUUGACAAGGUGGCAAGAAGACUUUCUUUAAUAAAACAUCCAGAGUGCUCCACCAUGAGUGGUGGGAAAGCCAUAGAACAUUUGGCCAAACAAGGAAAUAGAUUUCAUUUUGACAUCAAACCUCCCUUGCAUCAUGCUAAAAAUUGUGAUUUUUCUUUUACUGGACUUCAACACGUUACUGAUAAAAUAAUAAUGAAAAAGGAAAAAGAGGAAGGUAUUGAGAAGGGGCAAAUCCUGUCUUCAGCUGCAGACAUUGCUGCCACAGUACAGCACACAAUGGCAUGUCAUCUUGUGAAAAGAACACAUCGGGCUAUUCUGUUUUGUAAGCAGAGAGACUUGUUACCUCAAAAUAAUGCAGUACUGGUUGCAUCUGGUGGUGUCGCAAGUAACUUCUAUAUCCGCAGAGCUCUGGAAAUUUUAACAAACGCAACACAGUGCACUUUGUUGUGUCCUCCUCCCAGACUAUGCACUGAUAAUGGCAUUAUGAUUGCAUGGAAUGGUAUUGAAAGACUACGUGCUGGCUUGGGCAUUUUACAUGACAUAGAAGGCAUCCGCUAUGAACCAAAAUGUCCUCUUGGAGUAGACAUAUCAAAAGAAGUUGGAGAAGCUUCCAUAAAAGUACCACAAUUAAAAAUGGAGAUAUGAUUUCUGCUGUUCAAAAAAGUCCCUAAAGCCCAGGUAGAGAAUGGAUUAUAGCAAGAACCUCAGACUGUAUGGAGGCAAUUCAGCAAGUGGAUGGAGAAAAGGGGAGCUUUAAAGUACACAGUGAAGCCAGGCGCAGUGGCUCACACCUGUAAUCCCAGCACUUUGGGAGGCCAAGGUAGGCGGAUCACCUGAUGUCAGGAGUUCAAGACCAGCCUGGCCAACAUGGUGAAACCUCAUCUCUACUAAAAAUACAAAAAUUAGCCAGGUGUGGUGGCAGGCGCCUGUAACCGCAGCUACUCAAGAGGCUGAGGCAGGAGAAUUGCCUGAACCCAGGAGGCGGAGUGAGCCGAGAUCCUGCCACUGCACUCCAGCCUGGGUGACAGAGCAAGACUCCAUCUCGAAUAAAUAAAUAAAUAAGUAAGUAAGUAAAAUAAAGUACACAGUGAAGCCAGGUGUUUGUAUCAUAUCUAUCUGCAGCUAUAAAAUAGGAGAAGCAGACAUUGCUAUUUGAGCAAAGACAUCAUAUGGUUCUAAGCCACAAAGACUAUUACCCUUUCCAGUUGCAAACCAAAGACACUAUAAAUAUGGAGAAUGAGCAACACUGUUAGCCACAAAAGCCAUACUCAUGUACUUGAUGGGCAAUGAUUUCAGAUUUUAUUUUUAAAGAAAACUUUUUUUCCCUUUUAAAAAAUUUUUGUUUUAUUUUCUUUUUUAAUUUUUCUUUUCUGCUUCAUCCACUGACUCUCAGACUUUUUUUUUUUUUUUUUUUUUUUUUGAGACAGGGUCUCACUCUCUGACCUCAGCUGGAGUACAGUAGCCAGAUCACAACUCACUGCAACCCUGACUUCCUGAACUCAAGCAAUCCUCCUGCCUUAGCCUCUUGAAUAGCUGGGACUACAGGUGUGCAUGUCCAUGCCCAGCCAACUUUAUUUCUAUUUUUUGUAGAGACAGGCUCUUGGCAUGUUGCCCGGGCUGGUCCUGAACUGCUGAAUUCAAGUGAUCCUCCCACCUUGGCCUCCAGAAGUGCUGGGAUUACAGGUGUGAGCCACCAUGCCUAGCCAAAAUGUUUCUUAAGGUAUACAUUUUGGGUCUUAGAAGACUUAUACAUUUGUAAUAUUUAUUACUAAAUAUCUCAAAGUAUUACAAUAAAUGUUACCAUGUGAGCUACUUUGAA